CUUCUUCCGGGUGGACAGAAGAAGUGGCGUACAGUUAGUUUAGUUGAUUAUUAUUUACUAGUGUUAGAAAAAAUCAAGAUAAGUUAUUUGUGUUAAAUAAGUAGUCCUCCGUGAGGCAAGAGCUGAGGGGACAGCGUAUAUAGCAAACAUGACUGAACCGGACAUAAACCCAAAGGCAUAUCCUCUUGCGGAUGCCCAGCUAACAAAGACCAUUUUGGAUCUGGUGCAGCAAGCUACAAACUAUAAGCAACUGAGAAAAGGUGCCAAUGAGGCAACAAAGACACUGAAUCGAGGGAUUGCCGAAUUCAUUGUAAUGGCUGCUGAUGCAGAACCGUUGGAAAUCAUUCUUCAUCUGCCAUUGCUUUGUGAAGAUAAAAAUGUACCAUAUGUUUUUGUGAGAUCAAAGCAGGCUCUUGGGAGAGCAUGCGGUGUCUCUAGACCAGUUAUUGCAGCUUCAGUGACCAUCAAAGAGGGAUCUCAGCUAAAACCACAAAUCCAGUCUAUUCAGCAAGCAAUAGAACGUUUACUGGUGUGAAAUGUGCGCACUCAUUUGACAGAACUUUACUCCAUAGAAAUAAAAAUACAGUAUGAUAUUCA